UUCAUCAUUCUUAGUAUAACAGGAAUCAGAUACCACUUCUCCUUUGGCUAUCUUCUUAGCCAUCGAUCGGCUCCGGUUCGACCAUGCGGGCUCUUUCGGCCCCUCGAUGGGCCUAUUUUGUUCUAUGGGCCACACUGGUCAACUUCUGUUUGUGUGAUGAUGCGACGAAGAGCGAUACGUCUGUCGUCGUGGUUGGUUCCGGAGAAUGUGGCGACUGCAAGCAGCUGAAUAUCAAAAAUUCAGAUGCAUUUUCAGGUCUCCUUGUAGCAAUUAAUUGCAAGACUGUUAAUGGUGAGUUCAAGACCAGGGGCUUCAGUGAGCUCGACAAGGAUGGAAAAUUCCACAUUGAACUUCCCAAUGAACUUGUCAAUAAUAAUGGAGAGCUAACUGAGGAAUGCUUUGCGCAACUCCAUAGCGCGUCCCACGAUCCAUGCCCCGCCAUAGAAGGCCUAGAGCCGUCGAAGAUCGUACUCAAGUCAAAAGAUAGUGGAGAGCACACGUUCGGCAUGACUGGAAAAUUAUCAUUCACACCAGCAACAUGCACGUCGGCUAUCCUCUGGCCCCUUUACAAAAAGUCAUUUUCCCCAUUUCCCAAAAUCCCUCCUAUCUACAAAAAGCCAUUGCCUCCUCUUCCUGAAAUCCCUCCUAUUUACAAAAAGCCAUUGCCCCCGGUUCCUGAAAUCCCUCCUAUCUACAAAAAGCCAUUGCCUCCUCUUCCUGAAAUCCCUCCUAUUUACAAAAAGCCAUUGCCCCCAAUUCCCGAACCCCCUCCUAAAAAGAAAAAACCCCCUCCUAAAAAAAAACCAAUGCCUGAAGAUCCCGAACCCCCUCCUGAAAAGAAAAAACCCCCUCCUGAAAAAAAACCAAUGCCCGAAGAUCCCGAACCCCCUCCUAAAAAGAAAAAACCCCCUCCUAAAAAAAAACCAAUGCCCCAAGAUCCCAAACCCCCUCCUAUUUACGAAAAACCAUUGCCCCCUAUUCCCAAAUUUCCUCCCAUCUAUAAAAAGCCAUUGCCCCCUAUUCCCAAAUUUCCUCCCAUCUACAAAAAGCCAUUGCCUCCUGUUCCUAAAUUCCCUCCCAUUGACAAAAAGUCAUUGUCCGAAAUUCCUAAGAUCCCUCCUAUCUAUAAAAAGCCAUUGCCCCCAGUUCCCAAAAUUCCUCCUAUAUACAAAAAGCCAUUGCCCCCUGUUCCUGAAAUCCCUCCUAUCUCCAAAAAGCCAUUGCCCCCUCUUCCUAAAAUCCCUCCUAUUUACAAAAAGCCAUUGCCCCCAAUUCCUGAACCCCCUCCUAAAAAAAAGAAACCUCCUCCUUAA